GAGCGCCGGCUGGCCGAGGGCUCCCGCUCGGUCGGUUGGUCAGCACGUCUGUCGGUCCGCGAGUCCGGGCCGCCGGCGUCGCCCUGGCCAUGGCGUUCUGGCUGCCGCUGCUGUUGCUGCUGGGGCUGAUCCCGGGCGCGGCGCCCGCCCCCGCCGAGCUCCGAGGCGCCGGCGCUCAGGCCUGGGGGCCGCCCUCCCCGGCGCUGCUGGGGCCCGCCCGCUUCGCCCUGGAGAUGUACAACCGCGGCCGGGCUGCGGGGACGCGGGCGGUGUUGGGGGCCGUGCGCGGCCGCGUCCGCCGGGCGGGCCGGGGGUCGCUGUACUCCCUGGAGGCGACCCUGGAGGAGCCACCCUGCAACGACCCCAUGGUGUGCCAGCUCCCUGUGUCCAAGAAAACUCUGCUCUGCAGCUUCGAAAUCCUGGAUGAGCUAGGAAAACACAUGCUGCUGAGGAGGGACUGUGGCCCAGUGGAUACCAAGGUUACAGAUGACAGAAAUGAGACUUGGACUUCAGUCCUUCCGCUGUUGAGCAAGGACCCUCUGCCCCAGGACUUUUCUGUGAAAAUGGCUUCAGUCUUCAAGAACUUUCUCAUCACCUAUAACCGGACAUAUGCGACUAAGGAAGAAGCCCAGUGGCGCCUGUCUGUCUUUGUCAGUAACAUGAUGCGAGCACAGAAGAUCCAGGCCCUGGACCAAGGCACAGCUCGCUAUGGGGUCACCAAGUUCAGUGAUCUCACAGAGGAGGAGUUCCGCACCAUCUACCUGAACCCCUACCUAAGAGAAGAUUCUGGCAAGAAGAUGCGCCUAGCCAAGCCUGUGAAUGACCCUGCCCCACCUACAUGGGACUGGAGGAGUAAGGGGGCUGUCACCAAUGUCAAGAACCAGGGCAUGUGUGGCUCCUGCUGGGCCUUCUCAGUCACAGGCAAUGUGGAGGGCCAGUGGUACCUGAACCGGGGGACCCUGCUGUCCCUCUCUGAGCAGGAGCUCUUGGACUGUGACAAGAUGGACAAAGCCUGCAUGGGUGGCUUUCCCUCCAACGCCUACUCGGCCAUAAAGAAUUUGGGAGGGCUGGAGACAGAGGAUGACUACAGCUAUCGGGGCUACAUGCAGGCCUGCAACUUCUCGGCAGAGAAGGCCAAGGUCUACAUCAAUGACUCGGUGGAGCUGAGCCAGAACGAAGAGAAGCUGGCAGCCUGGCUGGCCAAGAAAGGCCCGGUCUCCGUCGCCAUCAAUGCCUUUGGCAUGCAGUUCUACCGCCACGGGAUUUCCCGCCCACUCCGGCCUCUCUGCAGCCCUUGGCUCAUUGACCAUGCCGUGCUGCUUGUGGGCUACGGCAACCGCUCUGACAUUCCCUUCUGGGCCAUCAAGAACAGCUGGGGCACCGACUGGGGCGAGGAGGGUUACUACUACUUGCACCGUGGGUCUGGGGCCUGUGGUGUGAACACUAUGGCCAGCUCGGCACUGGUGGACUGAGGAGCCCACUGGCUUGGGACCUGGCGCUGACCAGAGCAGCCCCUUCCCCAGCCUGCCCUGCGUGUCCAGGCCUCUCCCCAGGAGGUACAGCUGGCUGAGGGACAGGCACUGGGUCACUCAGGGUGAGCAAAGAGCACCCGGCUCACACAGCCCCUGCUUCCCAACACCCCACUCCCACCCUGAAGUCCCCCACCUGCACCUUUGUUGAACUGUGGUAGUAUCUAGGACGAUCUUGGGUUGGAGGGUGAUUUCUUGGCCGCUGAAGCUGCGGCAAGAACUUGGCUCAGGUAAUGAGCAGGAAGAAAAUAUUCUGAUCUUAAACCCAGCUCUGUCCUCAGCAGGUUCUGGCUUCCUGCCCCAGCUUUCCUCUAUUUGAUGCUAGACAUUUUCUGGUCCCCUUGGAUAUGGGGACGGUGUCCCCUUCCACAUCCAGAAAACUUGUAACUGCCCUUUCUAACAGCAAUAAAGAGGUGUUCUGGUC